AUGUCUGGACGAGGUAAAACCGGAGGGAAAGGACGUGCCAAGUCCAAGACCCGGUCUUCCCGGGCUGGUUUGCAGUUCCCAGUUGGUCGAAUCCACCGGCUUUUACGGAAGGGUCACUAUGCCGAGCGGGUUGGUGCUGGUGCUCCGGUCUAUCUGGCGGCCGUGCUCGAGUACCUGACGGCCGAGAUCCUAGAGCUGGCGGGCAACGCGGCCCGCGACAACAAGAAGACCAGGAUUAUCCCCCGCCACCUGCAGCUCGCUAUCCGCAACGAUGAGGAGCUCAACAAACUGCUGGGUGGGGUCACCAUCGCCCAGGGCGGCGUCCUGCCCAACAUCCAGGCUGUGCUGCUGCCCAAGAAAACAGGCCACCCCAGCAAAGUUUAUACUUAA